UUUGUAAACCCUAUUUUGCAUAAGCUUACCCCUUCCCCUGUUUCCCCCCACUCCAUCCCGCCACCGGCAUUCCAGGUUCCUUUAGCGGCUCCGAUUCACGGUGAACCCUCAGCUGCCACCGUCUCUUCAUUCCGACGAAGUCACCGCCAUUCUCUUCUUCUUUCACUCUCUCGCCUCUCUGAUUGUUUAACUCAGUGGUUCAGCCCUUAGCGCCGUCGGAAAUUUAGGGUUUGUUAUUUGCUGAAGAAAAGAAUGAGGUUAGAGAAGUGUUGGUUCUGUUCCUCCCCUAUAUAUCCAGGACAUGGUAUUCAGUUUGUUCGCAAUGAUGCGACGAUUUUUAGAUUUUGUCGAUCAAAAUGCCACAAGAACUUCAAGAUGAAGAGAAAUCCUCGUAAAGUAAAAUGGACUAAGGCUUAUAGGAGGUUGCAUGGAAAGGAUAUGACAAAGGACUCUACUUUUGAAUUUGAGAGGUGGCGUCAUAGGCCGCAUAAAUAUGACAGGAAUGUCACUGAAGAUACAUUGAAGGCUAUUAAGAAGAUUGAUAAGAUCAGAAUGGAUAGGGAGUCGAGACAUAUUGCACGCAGACACCAAGGAAAGAAAGCAAAGGAGUUCAGAGAGGCAAAGAAGGAAUUGGAUCAAAGCAUCAGUUUGGUCAAAGCACCUUCUGUUCUCAAGGAGGAUCCUUCCCUCACCCUUCCAAAACUCAAAGUCAAAGUGGUACCAUCACAAUCAGAGCAAGAUCGUAUGGAAGAAUGAGUUCGUUUAUCUAAUAUCUCACUAUAUCAAAUAUUUAUGUAGUAGUUCCGUUUUCACAUAUCUAGAACUGUCACAGUUCUUGUACAGUGGUAGAUUAUCUUUGUUCGCCUUUACGCAAGCAUGGUUGUCAUGUACAAUUUCAUUUUGAGAAUGUGUUUUUUUUCCUUUAAUAUACAGACUUCUAAAAAUAUUUAUUGAAUCAUUUCCAAUUGGUUUUUGCGGUUUUGUUUGAGGCUAUGUAGUGGUUUAAGGCAA